AGCCAAACCUAGAAAUCUGGAACAUCCUCCAGCAGAAUCCCCAAACCCAACCAUUCCUAGCACGCCAAAGCGCAACCAGGCAAUUUAAUUUCCCAGAAACGCAGCCAUUCCGCCACCAAGCCAAAAAAAAACCCAGCACAGAUAGAGCUAGGAAGGCGUGAAAAGAAUCAAUUCAUUCAUUCAUUCAUGAAUGGCUCGACGACGCCGCGCCGAUUCAGCAGGAAACCAGCAGCAAGCCCCGAUGACGGUACCACGUCGACGAUCCACGCUGCGAGAUUUGCAAGCGUCGAAUAUUGAUGCGGAUGCUGUAGCUCCCAAGGUUAUUAAUGCAGCUCCGUCGUUGGAGAAGGCGGAAAUGUACGGUAUCAAUGAUAAACGAUCGAGGACGUCGAAGAUACUCGCGGUGACGGGGCGCAUUUUUAUUGAGACGAUUCCGCAGUGGUUGGCGGUGGGUGUGAUGCUUGGGUUGAUUUUUGGUGGUUGUUGCUCCAAUGUGAGUUUCUUUUUUUAUUUUUUUAUUUACGCGUCGAGGGAGUGGUAUGGCAUGAGAGGCUUAUUAUAUACUUUAGGUCUUUGCGUUAGAAGCUAUAGUCAAGUAAGUUUUUGACUCCUUUGCUUUUGAGGUUAUAUUGCUUUCCAAGAUACCCCGCUGACAAUGAUGAAAAAACAGAGUCGAGCCAGAUAGCGGUACGCUCCUCCACGGACAACGUCGUCGAAUACCAUUCUAACUUUCUGAAGGAACUCUUAUGACAUUUGUCCAAUUCGUCUUUGUAGCUGUCACUGGCUAUAUCUCCCAAUUCGAUCGAGGGCGACCCCCGCUAUUCCUUACUCCGAAUCGUGUCCCUAUACGUCGAUGGAUUAUAAAUAUCGUUUUAUUUUUUACUAUAAAUGUUCUGAAUAAUCAUGCUUUUAGCUACAAUAUAUCGGUGCCAAUGCACAUUAUUUUACGUUCUGGAGGCAGUAUUACUACUUUAGCUGCGGGAUAUAUAUGGGGGAAACGAUUUUCUAGAAUACAGGUUAUAGCUGUUACUCUCCUAACAAUUGGAGUAGUGACAGCAGCUUGGUCUGAUGCGCAAUCCAAGGUAUUACUACCAUGCAUAUACUUUCUAACUUCCUAGCUCUCACUAACAAACUCCCCACAGAACGGAAAAGUAGACGAAGGCAUUCCCUCCUUCAACACUGGUCUCAUAAUCCUCUUCAUCGCCCAAGUCCUCUCCGCAAUAAUGGGUCUCUAUACAGAAGAAACCUACAAAGAAUACGGACCACACUGGAAAGAAAACCUCUUCUACUCGCAUCUCCUCGCCCUCCCCCUCUUCGCCCCCUUCCUCCCCUCCAUGCACCGCCAACUCCUCAAACUAGCCUCCUCAACCCCGCUCACCCUUCCCAUCCUCGAAACCCUGCAAUCGCUCCCCUCGGAUCUCCUCACCAAACUCUCGCAUAUCUAUUUACCAAGCCAACUCGUCUAUCUCGCCAUGAACGUUCUCACACAAUAUGCAUGUAUCCGCGGUGUGAAUCUCCUCGCGGCUGCGUCGUCGGCGCUGACGGUUACUAUUGUGUUGAAUGUGAGGAAAUUGAUUAGUUUACUGUUGAGUAUUUGGUUAUUUGGGAAUAGACUCAGUCCUGGGACGUUGGUGGGUGCCUGUUUAGUAUUUUUUGCCGGCGGCUUGUAUAGUUUAGAUGGUGGGAAAAAGAAAGGGGCGAAUAGACAUAGGAGUACUAGUAACGGGAAGGUGGGCUAGUGAAAUUAUUUAUUAUAAAAAUUUGUGGUGUGUUUUGGGAAGUGGAUGAGUGAAUAUCGCUCAUGUAAAAUGGUUAACAUCCAUCCUUGGAAGUAUUUUCUCAUUUGUGAUCUGUAAAUCUGUAGUUGACUCGCUUGACUAA